AUGAAUCUUGGAGCGAAUCACAUGUCUUUUAGUACACCAAGUGUUUCUUGGAAGUCCGUCGAUGGAGUUUCCGACCAAUUUCCGGCGGGUCUGAGGGUUCUUGUCGUGGACGAUGACCCAACUUGUCUGAGGAUCUUGGAGAAGAUGCUUAAAAAUUGUCUAUAUGAAGUAACCAAAUGCGGUCGAGCUGAGAUUGCGUUGGAGUUGCUUAGGGAAAACAAAGUUGGGUUCGACAUUGUUAUAAGUGAUGUACACAUGCCGGAUAUGGAUGGUUUCAAACUUCUCGAGCAUGUUGGACUGGAAAUGGACUUGCCGGUCAUCAUGAUGUCGGCAGAUGAUAGCAAAAAUGUGGUGAUGAAAGGAGUGACUCACGGCGCAUGUGACUAUCUCAUAAAACCGGUCCGCAUGGAAGCUCUGAAAAACAUAUGGCAGCACGUGAUCCGUAAAAAGAAGUACGAAUGGAAAGAAAAGGAACAAGAACAAUCGGGAAGUGUGGAGGACAGCGAAAGACAGCCGAAACCGGAAGACUUGGAUUACUCGUCCUCGGCGAAUGAGGGGAAUAAUUGGAAAAGCUCCAAGAAAAGGAAGGACGAUGAUGAUGAAGGUGACGAGAGGGACGACACAUCUACUCUCAAGAAGCCAAGGGUCGUUUGGUCGGUCGAGCUACACCAGCAAUUUGUGACGGCCGUCAAUCAGCUGGGGAUAGACAAGGCCGUCCCCAAGAAAAUCCUGGAAUUGAUGAGCAUUCCGGGCCUCACAAGAGAGAAUGUCGCAAGCCACCUACAGAAGUAUCGUCUUUACCUCAAAAGGCUGAGUGGACAGCAUCAUAACGGGCUGGGGAAUCCAUUCAUGGGCCCCACAGACCCAUCAUUCGGCCCCAUGACCCCUCUCAGCAGCUUUGAAUUCCCACCACAGAGCCUGGCCACAAUCCAGGCGGCCUCCGCCAACAGGUUCCCCUUAUCCGUCGACCAAAGAAACAUUUUCAGCUUCGAGAAACCGAGAAUCAACCAAACCCACACCCGGCCCUCGAGUUUACUUCACGGGGUCCCCACCACCAUGGACUCAAGACAGCUGGCGGCCUUUGCGAACGUGAAUUUACCGACACACCCCCAGCCGAGGACCCAAAUACUGAACCGGCCCGUUUUCUCGCACGCCACUGCCAACGGAGUCAACAAUGUCCGUGGUCAACCACAUCAGUCCAUCCAGCCGUCUAAUGUGGUUGACUUUUCAAGAAGCUUACGCCCAGAUUUAGCAGUCAAUACUAAUAAUAAUACUGCUGCGAAUAACAAUAACAGCAGUAGCUUUUUGCUUGUUGGCGACGCGGGUUCGGGCACGCCGAGUUUCAAUGCGUUUGCCAAUCUUAAUCAGAGCCAGGCGAUGGCCGAUGAGUGGAGCUUGUCGGGCUUUGAUGGGCCUCAGCAUGCGGGUACACAAGCCCGGAUCAAUGUUGGGCCGUCAGUUUUAAUUCAGCCAGGCUCGUCGAGCGGACAGAGUAGGGUCCCAUCUGUUGUUAAUAGGGUAGCCUCCGAGGGCCCAAGCGGUGGCCAUAAUACAAAUAUUGGCCAGCAGGUUACUUCAUCAGCAGCUGAUAAUUCGUCCCAGAUUAAACCUGGGAGGCUGUCCAACGUGGGUUUUCAGAAUGGCCUGUUCUCAGAUCAGCUUGGCCAGGAGGAUCUCAUGAGUGCACUUUUCAGGCAGCCAGAAGGAAUGACACCAGGUGAAAGCGAUUUCGGGUUUGAAGGAUACAACUUGGAUAAUCUUCCUGUAUAA